AGGCGAAUCUACGAAUGGAAACCGAGUUGCCUCAGCAUGGACUAGUUAGCCAGACAAGCGUUUACUUUGCGUUCAGCUCCUUUCAGAGUUUAUUAGAUAGUUUGUCCGCUGUUGUUCCCGUGAGAAGAGGAAGGGGGUGUCCGUUCUAAACUUUAGUGGAGUGAUUUUGUCUUGCGUUAAACACAGCGCUGUCUGUCGGUCGGUGUGUAUUUUUAACAAAAUGAGGCGAAUCUCUUUGAACGUUUGUCUAAAUAAAGAACAAAGUUUAAUCUGGGAGUUUUAGCGGUAUCUUCUUUUUUAAAAAAGCUAAAUGAGCUAAUCUGCGCUAGCUGGAAGCUCUUAGCAUCGGUUAUCGUGUUCAAACUCAACCGACUAACGUUAACUCCACUAAAGCGACUUCAUUUAUUGUCGGCUCUUUCUGAAUAAUCUCGAACUAAACUCUUACUAAAGCCUUUUCUCCGUUGACGGCGAGAACACAGUGGAGAGGCCGGUUGCAGUGGGUGUUUUUUUUCUUCCCCUCGUAGCGAGUCUUAACAUGAGCAGAGUGCUGGUUUAGUGUUAAUAAGCGGUCUGCAGAUUGACUGGACACUUGUGGGACACUCUCUGGAAGUGAUGGCCCGGAGGAGGCUGGACAGUCGCAGUGGAUCCUCGGCUCUGCUGUCAGAGAUCCACACUCACAUCCACACGGAUCCUCUGGACGCCGUUUUUGACAUGAGCAACGUUCUGGGCAGGGGGAAGUUUGCAGUGGUGAAGAGGUGUGCGGAAAAGGCCACAGGGAAAGUCUUCGCUGCAAAGUUCAUCAAGAAGCGGCGACGAGGUCGCGACUGCAGGCUGGAGGUCAUUCAUGAGAUCGCUGUUUUAGAGGCGGCAAAGAACAACCCUCGUGUGGUGAACCUGCACUCUGUAUAUGAGACCGAUCAUGACCUCGUUCUAAUGCUGGAAUAUGCGGCGGGUGGUGAGAUAUUUGACCACUGUAUGUCAGAGGAGCUGCUGCCCGAAGAUCAGAUCACCCGUCUGAUCCGACAGAUGCUUGAGGGAGUUCACCUGCUGCACCAGAGCAGCGUGGUCCACCUGGACUUGAAGCCCCAGAAUAUUCUCCUGACGAGCCUGAGCCCAUUGGGGGAUAUAAAGAUAGUGGAUUUUGGCUUGGCCCGCAGGUUGGGCUCUUCUGGGGAGCUCAGAGAGAUUCUGGGAACCCCUGAGUAUGUAGCCCCUGAGAUCUUGAACUAUGAACCAAUCACCACAGCAACAGACCUCUGGAGUGUGGGCGUGAUCGCCUAUAUGCUGGUGACAGGAGAGUCUCCCUUCGCUGGCGAGGAUAAACAGGAGACCUUCCUGAAUGUAUCCCAGGUGAACGUGGACUACAGCAGAGAGGCUUUCUCAAGAGUGUCUGAACUGGCUGUCGACUUCAUCCAGAAACUGCUGGUCAAAGCACCAGAGGAUCGUCCCAGUGCAGCUGAUUGCAUGACCCAUCCCUGGCUGUGGUUCCAUUGUCCAGGCUCUGAUUCGAUCCCAGUGACCCCACGCACUCCCCGGGAAAGGAGUUUCGGUGGGAAGUGGUCCGCACCACCUGAGGAUCCUGAAGACAAAGAGAACAUUCUAGACUCACCGCACACCAAGAGGUUUCGUUUUGAGGAGGACAUGUCAGCCACGGGCGACGGUGACCUCUUGUGUUGAUCCGAAAGGGAAACGCACUUGCACUGAAUAGCAUUUUUGGUCCUUUUUGUUGGCCCCUACACAGCACCAGCAAACACGCUUCUGUUCUAAUGCUGUUUUCAGCAUCCUUUGGCCAACCAAAAGGGCCCAAUCAAGUGUAAUGUUAAAUAGUGAGAAUCUAAAUAUCUAUGUUGCUGUCCUGUCUCAAGAUGCCUUUUCCUGUCAUCUUUGGAUUUUAAAUUAUUCAUUUGAAUAUUUUAAUUGCCAUUCAGUUCUGUUACCCCUGCACUUAAGGGAUUUUCAACAAUAAGGGAUUUGAAAAAGACGGUUCAGUGAUCCUGCUUUAAUGAAGGAUGAGAGUGUUUGAGCACACUAAGGAGUCUCUUAGCUCUUUGUGUCUCAACAUCAGAAAGAGUUUGUAUGAUUAGACUCUGUUAAAUGCGAUGGUCUCUGUUAAAAAGGUUCAGUGCAGGAAUGUUCUCGGUGUAUGUGUGCGUGUUUUGUCUUGCAUCCUCUUCUUUCUGGUGGCAUUGACACAUUAGUGGGCUCGUAAAAAGGUGACUCAACUCAAACACGCGCAACACACCCUGGAUUACACAAAUAUGUGUUUGUAUUGGUCACAGAACUUCCUCCCUGAUAAUGACUAAAGAAAUGCAGGAAAGCACUUAAACCCUCUAUUAUCUGUGUUUGUGUCACUAAAAUAAGAGAAAAUAUUUUUAACAGCUUUAAAUUGAGUAAAUCAACUGUAUCUGUUUUAAAAUGAUUUUUGUUUUAAAUAUUUCCUUUUUUAUUGCCAAUUUAUUGUAUAAUAAACUAUUAUUAAGCAACAUUCUAGCAUUCCCCCAUUGCAGGCGCCUAAUAUCUCAAUGCCUGUGAUGGUUUAUGAUAUACAUAAUCUUGAAAUGACAGUUUUUAUCUAUGCACAGAUCUGAGGUAACUCAGGGUUUUUGUUACCUUUUUUUUUUUGUACAGGUGUUUCUAAGCAAAUGCUAUUAACUGCUGGAGGGUUCAGUCUUCGUUCAUUCCGAGCCUUGUUCUCAGGGUUAGCUGUAACUGCACAGUUUACCAGUGUGUAUUUCUCGAGUGCCUUUGUUUGCAUUUUUUUUUUUCUAUGCUUGAGCCGAACAACCUGACUUGAUCUUCUGUAAUACCGGUGCAGCACAUUUAUGUGGAUGUAUUCUUGUUAAUGUUUAUCCUGUUUUAAUUGACAUACUGGCACACCCUUUAAACUGAUGGCCUGUUGUAUUUAAAGUAAAUUAUUUCUAUGUGCUUUUGGUCAUGGAGAUGUAUAUGUAUCCAGUGGGAUUUAGAAAGGAAAACGGUGUUAAAGUUAUAUUUAUGGUCUUGGAUUAGGUAGGGCAUGAAAAGAUGGGUUAUCAAAGUUGGCUGUUAUUGUCGAAAUUAUAUACUUAUUUUCAGAUAGUGAAGUAUGUUUGGUUGUGAUGAAAGUACAGGGUGUGAAUUCUGGAAAGAAGGCAAAUGGAUGUUAGGAUAUUGUGGUGGAAAGUCGUCUGCACAUCAGAAAGUGUGUAGUAAUGCAACAAAUACAACUUAAGGUUUAUUGGUGUAAUAUUUUGUUGAGUGGCUGUUAGAACUGGAAAUGUUAGUAUUGCAGAAUUCAGUCUUAAGGUCGAGCCCUACGGUUAUUGUUCUCUGUUUAAAGAGGUGUGAAGAGCUCAUGUGUAUUUGCAUGCUCAGGGCCUUACGGUUUCCCAGAGAUGUCACCAGUCUGCAAUCAUAAUAGGGCUAUUGUCUCCUAAGACGAGAGGCUCUUGUCACGGUCGUGUGCUUGCUGUAUGCCGUCAUCUUAAAGAAAAACUUGAAUCUAUUCCUUGCCUGGGAAACAGCCUCAAUAAUGUUUAAGGGCCAUGAGGUAUUUGAAGCUGGAAUUCAAUAGAGAAUAGACGGGGCUUUGGAGAGCAUUUCUGAGCAGUCACUGUGGUAUUUGCAGAAAUGCUUGUGAUAAACUUUGUAAGGACACUUAAGGGAUAAACUUUCUCGAUUCUUUUUCUAUCUUAAGCAGGAUUAGUGGAAACUGGUAAUUGAAGAUAUUUCAUUUCAUGAUGAAAACUGUGUAUUUUGAGUUAUAUGUACCAGAAUAAAAGAUGCUCAAAUGAUUUACACAAAUUCUAAUAAAGCCAUUGACAGUCAAGAGAUGUACCCUUAAUAUAGAUUUUGUAUCUUUUUGAUUUAUGACUCGUAACAUUUUACAUUUUAUUUUGAAAAUAAGACAACAUCCCUCGUACAACACCAUUGGUUUAUUUAAAAUUUCCUAGCUCUGACAUGUCAGACUUCUGAAAUGUCAUCUAUUUUUUCCCUCAAAAUUUCCAUGCUAAUAAGUAAUGAUGAUAAUAAAAAUGUUGUUAAGCAAA